GGAACAUUCCUCAUAUUCCUGGGGCUCGAUAGCGGAGGAACGCGGCGACGAAACGAAACGAGCCGAAGACACGACGGAUUCAGACACCUCAUGACACUUUCGAAGGGCACGUAAGGCUGAUGUUGGGUCGUGGUGUAAAGCGGAAGUGGAGCUGCCUGGAGGAGCUGGAGGUUGAGUCCCUGCCAGCUGCCGCCGAAAAGGAGAAGAAUGGUGAAGAAGAGCGGGAGGAUGAAGAUGGGUUCCUUGUGGGUCCGUCCAAGUCCGACAUGAGCCACCUGCAGCAACGCCAGCGGGUGCUUGGCCUCUGCUUGGAGAAACUGCAGCGCUACCAGGCCGGCGUGGAGCUCAGCUUGCGUCGCUCUGUGCUGCUAAUCAACACGCUCAGGCAGAUACAGGAGGACAUGCAAAGCGACGGGGUGGGAACCUGCACGCCUGAAGUUCUCCUCAGCAGCGUCCACUCUGAUUCCUGCAUUCUCAGGGAGGACAUGCCGGUUACAUGCCCAGGUUGUGCAGAAGGAGAGGGAGACAACUUGUCUCCCCCUGAACUUCCCUCUUCUCUCUCUCAGGAGGCAAACAGCUCGCCCGACCAGCAGAAAUCACUUCCCGUGGCGACGAUCAAUGCUUUUAGCGAUGCAGUAAACGCCAUGGGCUACCUCAGCGACCUCGCCCUGGACGACAUCUUUGAGGACAUCGACACAUCGAUGUACGAGACUUCAGAUCUGCCUUCCGCCUGGUCAUCAGGCUCUUUCUGGCCGGUUAGUGUGUCGCUUUGGGCAGACGAGGACGUUAAAAUGCGCCCUACCAGCCAUGCCUCGACUGGGACUCUCCAGUCAUGUCUGAUGGACCUGAAUGAGCUGGACCACAUCAUGGAGAUUCUGGUUAAGUCUUGAGAUAAACUCUUAAACAUUUCAAGUUUAUAGAGAGUCCAAUCAGAGCUGCUGAGGUUAAUGGAGACAGGGAACAAGGACUGAGCCGAGUGCAAAUGCACUCAAUGUGAUGUUGAUUUUUUAAGGUUCCAUUAGAUGUUUCAAGCAGGAUGAACGUUGAUGGAAACAUUAAUUCCUAUGCAAUUCAUUCAUAGAUAACCAUCCUACAUUUUAAUUUUGGUAAAUAUAUAUGAAAAAUCAAGUGAAGAUCCACAUGAGAUAAGAAAACAAAGAAAAACAACUUUUAAACACUUUUGUACUGUUAUAACUCAGGUUGAUAAUCGGCCAAACUUGAGCUAAUGCUCAUAUAUUUCUAGAAAUCUGAACUUGAAUAUACUUUAGGUAAUUUUUACCUAUCAUAUUUAUUUUAUCAUGUUGACAUUCAAUAAGGAGAACUGCAAUCUUUAAUGGACAGAGUCCAUUUCUGCACUAUGAGUAGCUGGCAACAAAGCAGAUGGAUUUGCUGUUGAAUGUCACGUUCUGUUUUGAGUAAUGGGUGAACAAUCUGUCGUAAAAGUAGACGAGACAUGUCUUGACAAAUUCAGUACUCUAAAGGUAUAUUGCAUCACCUGUAAGGGAAGUGAGGUAACAUGGAGAAAAAUAUGACAUUAAACAGUAUAAGAGUGUUUUCCUUGAUUUAGCUGAUGGAACCUGAAAUUUCAAUCUCACUAUUUAUUUAUACCACUUUUCUCUCCUUUUUUAUGACUUUUUAGCUGAUACAUCACCACCUCUCUGAGUGAAUCACCCGCUCAGGAAGAGGGAACCUGAGUCGCCCUACGUUACUCAGGCGGUUAGACCAGACCCGGGUUGAUUAUUAAUUGAAAUCUCUUCAAUUACUUAAGAGGGUGUGAUUCAGCCAGCUGGGAGGGUAAAGGCCUGGGUUUCCUUUGAAUUCUAGGACUGAAUGCUUAUUUAUCGCUCCAUGUAGGAUAUUUAAAUUUGUGGCUGUGGGAAUGCAGCAGUCAGAAAAUGGAUGGUUUAUAUAUUUAUUUGUGAAAAGAAGAAUGUGGCCGCUGAAUCUUGGGAUAUUUACAGCCAAAGAAGUAAGCUUCCAAUCCUUGAAGUUGAACGCUACAUUCAGGUCCUAUCACAAGAAGUGGGAAAAUGGUUGACAUCUUGUCCUGAAAGCCUUUAUCUGAUAUUGUUUUUAUUUAUGAAUGGAAAAACCAACCACAAACUGCAGCAUUAGUCUUCAUUCUUUUCAUGUACAGUCUUCUGUUUGGGCGUGAGUGUAACUUAUUAUUUAGAUUCUUUAUGACCUUGGACUUUCAGUAUAUUGGCUGCCAUUUCUACUGCUUUUGCUGACUCUGCUGCACCAUUUGUGACACAAUGGGACAAAAUACUAGAGCCUGUAGAAGAGAUAUGCUCAUCUUUACAUCCCUUUAGGCAGCUUGUAUUUACAGUAAAUGCAACAUGUCAUGAAUGCAGCAUAAAACAUGUAUUUUAAAUCUUAUGUAAAGAAUCCCAGUCUGGUUCUGACUGAGGAGCUGAUCGCCUCAUGUCAACAAUCAGGACGUUUGCCAUGUCUCAGAAUUGUAAAAGACAACAGAAGCCUAUGUAUUUUUAUGGCCAUUGUGAUGGUAUGAACUUUUAUUGUAAUGUUGGCAGUUUUUAAACAAUUUUAUAUGUUUUUACCUGAAACUCUAAUCACCUGUCCAGAAGAAGAAGUGAAGGGCUGCGAUGAAGCAGAUGCUUGACCUUCACAAUCUGUGGUUUACUCCUGCUCUACCUCCUAAUGUCUGUCUGUUGACAGUUCUGUUUCACACCAUUUACUGUCUCUGAUAGAAAUCAUGUAGUUUUAUUUUAUCAUUCAAACUGGGCUGAAAAAAAAAACAACAACCCAAUGGAAUCCAACGCUUUCCUGUCAGACCAAAGUAAUCCGUCCGCAUCUCCGUCUCCCAUGUCGACAAUGUGCCUUACUACUGAACCUAGUUUUUAUUCAUGUUAAGGUUUUUGUGCUUGCCUGAGCUUCAUUGAUAAAAGAAAAACUAAGAACUGCGAGCCGUUAUGUAAAGCAUUAAAACCCUGAACCAUCAUCUCUUCUUCCCUCUUCUUAGCCUUUUUUCUGUGCGCGGUGAACACUAGUAGCAUAUGAGCUUAAUGUAUCGUGACAGGCUGACAGUGAACUAGCUGAGGGAGGAGGUGGCAGCCAGGGCCAGGAGGGAAAAAUAAGAGGAGGAGGAGGAGGACAUGGAGGAG